AUGCCAUGUCCUAAAAAAGAAAAAGGAAAAAAAAAGAGUCCGGAAAAGAGUGAGGAUACCAUCGUCAUCAUCAGCAUCUCUGAGAUAUCCUUCAUCGCUCGCUCCAUAGAUAUUUUGAAGAAGAAGAAGAAUAAAGAAGAAGGUGACAAUUUCCAGCUGAGUCAUCCUGGUGCCCAGGGGUUGCCUUCUUUCUUUCUUUCUCUCUCUGCUUCUUCUUCUUUUGUCGCACGCGCGUCGCGUGAUUUGGUUGCCCCUGGGACAGUGGACACGGGCCAUCAAGGCGACCUGAUGUUCCAGAUAGUUUGCGGAGUGGACUUUUUGCACUGCAACCGGAUUUUGCACAGAGAUUUGAAGCCGCAAAACAUCCUGGUGACCACGGACGGCGUGGUGAAGAUUGCGGACUUUGGAAUGGCGCGUUUGUACGCCGUCGGCAUGGUCUUGUCGUCCGUCGUGGUGACGCAAUGGUACCGAGCACCAGAGGUGCUCCUGUGCUCCAAUUACGCCACCCCCGUGGACCUGUGGUCCAUCGGAUGCAUUUUUGCCGAGUUGGUGCGAAGGGAGCCACUGUUCAACGGCGCCACGGACGCUGAUCAGCUCCACAAGAUCUUCGACAUCAUGGGUUCGCCUCAUCAGGACGAAUGGCCACGCGGAGUGUCGGUGUCGUGGCAGCAAUUCCGGGGCAGACCCGGGGUUCCCCUGAGCUCUCUAUUACCCGAACUGGAACCCAGUGGCCAGGACCUGUUGCGACAAAUGCUCACUUUCGUGCCCGAGAAACGCAUCAGUGCGGUUCGUGCCCUGAGGCACUCGUACUUUGAUGGACGCACGCCGCCAUUGUCGGGACCCGUACCUGCAACCCUCACCUCGCCUGCUUCUGCGGCAUCCGGCCCAGUACGGCAGGAGCCGCCAUCUAGCGUGGACGCCGUGUUGCGUGGAAGGAACCUGAUGGCAAGCACCCCGAUAUCAUCCUCUGACCGACAAGCCAGCAACAGCAACCCAGGGUUCCCGGAAACGCCCCAGAACCCGUCGGGUCGGGCCAAGCGGCAUUCGGCUGGAACCCCAUCCAACUCGCCCGAAUCCUCGCUUUCCUGUUCUACCUCUGACGAGUCUGGUCAAUCAAUGGAGCAGUGA